AUGGCGGCGCACCAGCACACCGCACCUGCCCCCGCAUCCCCCGCACCCUCAAACUCAACCCAUCAAGCCCCCAUAACCUUCGACGAUGAGACGAUCGACGCAUUCGAGAUGGACGCCGACGACGGCUACGCCUCCGCGUCGCCGGCGCCGUCCCUCCACGCCGGGACGAUGUCGCUUUCGCCGUCCGUCCGCGACUACGCGUUUGAAAACAACCGGCGGUAUCAUCGCUACCGCGAGGGGCGGUAUCAUUUUCCGAAUGACGAUAGUGAGCAGCAGAGGGAGUUUAUGAAGCACCUUGUGAUGGUGCACAUGAUGAGCGGCAAGUUGCAUGAGGCGCCUUUGAGGAAUCCGCAGAAGGUGCUGGAUAUUGGGACCGGGACGGGGGUCUGGGCUAUUGAUGUGGGCGAUGAGUACCCCGAAGCAGCAGUUACAGGGAUCGAUCUGUCACCAAUAUGGCCAGACUGGGUUCCCCCGAACGUCAAGUUCGUAGUAGACGACGCCGAGGCAGAGUGGUUCCACGAGCCCGACUCGUUUGACUUCAUCCGGCUGGGAAACAUGGCGCCUUCAAUACAAGAGUGGCCGAAGCUCUUCGAGUCAGCGUACAAAACGCUCAAACCGGGAGGCUGGAUCGAGCUACAGGAAAUGCGCUGGGUCUACGGCUGCGACGACGGGACCAUGCCGGAUGACUUUGCGCCCAUUCAGAUGGUGAAUCUCAUCAGCCAGGGCCUGGCGCGGUUCGGGGUUGAUAUGCACGCCGCGGAACGCAACCCGGCGCGUCUUGCGGCUGCGGGGUUCACGAACAUCAGACACCAAAUGCGUAAGGUGCCUGUAGGCGGGUGGACGAGGAGUAAGUCUCUGAGAACAGUGGGGUUGUAUAAUCUGAGCGUCAUCUACGACGGACUACAUGCUGUGACUAUUGGGCCUCUGACGAGAGGGCUGGGGUGGACGGCGGAUGAGGUUGAGAAAUUGCUGGGGAGGGUGAGGACGGAAUUGGUCGAUCCCGGGGUUCAUUCUUAUGUGUAUUUUCACGCGCUUAGUGGACAAAAACCAUUACCAUGA